GAGCCAGGUUGUUUGGUGGGAAGAGAAAAAAAGAAAAGGAGAGAGAGAACAUACAGAUCUGGUGUGCAGUGGAAAAUGGGCUUUAUUUCGAGGAAGGUGCUUCCUGCAUGCGGCAGCAUGUGUGUAUGCUGCCCUGGUUUAAGGUCGAGCUCUCGGCAACCCGUGAAGCGCUACAAGAAACUGCUUGUUGAAAUCUUCCCCAAAACCAUUGAUGGCCCUCUGAAUGAACGGAAAAUCACAAAGCUAUGCGAAUAUGCUUCGAGGAAUCCUAUGCGUGUUCCAAAGAUUGCAAAGUAUCUUGAACAAAGGAGCUACAAAGAAUUGCGAUGCGAGCACAUAAAUUUUGUUAUCAUUAUUAUGGAAGCAUACAAUAAAUUGCUUUGCAUGUGUAAGGAGCAGAUGGCAUAUUUUGCUGUCAGUUUACUUAAUGUGAUUCUUGAACUUUUGGAUAACAAGCGGGGAGACAAUCUAAGGAUUCUUGGAUGCCAAACGUUGACGAGAUUCAUUUAUAGUCAAGCAGAUGGCACAUAUACAUACAAUAUUGAGAGUUUGGUCCCUAAAGUAUGUGCACUGGCUCGUGAAUCUGGAGAAGAAUGUGACAAGCGCUGCUUGCGGGCAUCAAGUUUACAAUGCCUUUCAGCAAUGGUGUGGUUCAUGGCAGAGUUUUCACAUAUUUUUACUGAUUUUGAUGAGAUUGUACAUGUCACCUUGGAAAACUAUGGGGUGGAUGAUCUCGACGAGGAAAGAGGAGAAUCACAUCAUAACUGGGUUGAUGAAGUAGUCAACUCUGAAGCAAGAUGUGGUUCUGGUAAUGAUGUAAACCCAAGCUGUAUGGUUGUCCGGCCACGACCUGAAAAGAAAGAUCCUUCAAUGUUGACAAGAGAAGAGAUUGAGACACCCAAAGUGUGGGCGCAAAUUUGUAUACAGAGAAUGGUUGAAUUGGCAAAGGAAAGCACAACAAUGCGCCGGGUACUGGACCCCAUAUUCAUAUGUUUUGACAAAGGAAGACACUGGACUCCUAGGCAGGGGUUGGCAAUGCUUGUUCUGUCUGACAUGUCUUACUUGGCAGAGAGUUCAGGGAAUGAAAAAUUUAUUAUGUCAGCUAUCAUCCGUCAUCUGGACCAUAAAAAUGUUGGACACGAUCCUCAAAUUAAAUCUGAUAUCAUUCAGAUUGCUACUGCCUUGGCCCGGCAAUUAAGGUCACAAGCUGUUGUUGUAGAAAUUGGAGUUGUUAGUGAUUUGUGCAGGCAUUUGAGAAAAAGUCUUCAAGCAAUGGUUGAAUCAGUUGGGCAGCAAGAGUUGAACUUGAACAUUUCCCUUCAAAAUUCUAUUGAAGAUUGCUUACUGGAGAUUGCUAAAGGGAUUGGUGAUGCACGGCCACUAUUUGAUAUGAUGGCAAUAACAUUGGAGAAGCUGCCGCUUGUUGGGGUUGUUACGAGGGCCAUUAUUGAAUCCUUGCUGAUUCUUGCUCAUAUCAUUUCUUUAGCUUCUGUCCACUCAUAUUCACAGCAGAUCUUUCCAGAGGCACUCCUCCUCCAACUGUUGAAGACCAUGAUGCAUCCAGACGUCGAAGCACGUAUAGGAGCUCACAGGAUAUUCUCCGUUCUCCUUGUUCCAACUUGUAACCAUCCAAGGCACGAGUCUGCUUCUUUCCAAUCAGGGUACUUAGGACCAAGGAGGUGGCAGUCCAAAACAGCAUCUGCAUUCGCCUCAGCUUCUGCUCUACUUGAGAAGCUCCGCAGGGAAAAGGAAAGUGUAAAAAUUGAAAGAUUAGGAAAUGAUGCUCAUGAUGAUAUUAAGGAAAAAGAAGUAGCAGAUGAAGAUUGGAAACUUGGCUGGGUCCGCAAAACUUCACCAAACUUCUACAAAAUUAGUUGCUCUAUUAUUGACAGGACAGCUGGUUCGACUAGCUCAGCGGACACCGAACCGAAUAUUGUUAAGCUAAGUGAGGAUCAAACAACCCAGUUGCUCUCUGCUUUCUGGAUACAAGCAAAUCUUCCAGAUAAUUUGCCCGUGAAUUUUGAAGCGAUUGCUCAUUCUUACAGCUUGGCACUCCUUUCUUCACAUCUCAAGAAUUCAAAUCAUAACAUCGUUAUCCGCUUCUUUCAGCUUCCGUUGUCUCUCAGAAAUGCAUCCAUGGAUCCUAAUGGAAUGUUGCCCCCAUCAUGCCAAAGAUCACUAUUUACAUUGGUGGUUGCCAUGCUAAUGUUUGCAGCAAAAAGCUAUCACAUACCGCAGCUGAAUGACUUUCUUAAGUCAUUAAUUUAUAUUGAUGUUGACCCAUAUCUGAGUAUUGGUGAUGACUUGCAAGUGUAUGUAAAGCCUCAAGCAGAUGUGAGAGAAUAUGGCUCUACCGCUGAUCAACAGGCCGCAAUGUUCUCACUCUCUGAGCUGAGGAAGACAAUGGGUGAAACUGACAAGGCUUUACUAGACAUAAUAGUGCAAGGCCUCUAUACUAUCACCGAGAUGGACACUGAUGACUUGGCGAAACAACUGUCAGAAGCAUUUACACCCGAUGAUGCAUUCCUGUUUGGCCCACAAAAGAUACAUGACUUGGACCACAUUCAGGCGAUUGGUCUCUCCACAAAAUCACUUUCCUUUGACGAGGAUUUUCCACCAAGCUCAUCAUUGGAGGAUGAUUUAGUCAGCGAAUCAUCAGCUGCCGACUUCCCUCGGUUUGUUGCCAGAAUUCCAGCUUCCCCAACUUUGUCACAAAUAAUUAGCGUUGGGCAGUUACUUGAAUCGGCACUCGAGGUAGCAGGUCAGGUUGCGGGUGCAUCUGUCUCAACCUCGCCGCUCUCAUACAGCACAAUGGCUAGCCAGUGCGAGGCCCUUGGCAAAGGCACAAGGAGGAAGCUAUCGAGUUGGCUGAAUCAUGACUCGAAGGCAGAUCAGUUGUUGCUGACUCUCCCUGCGGAUAGGCAUUCCCCAGUUGAAAAGAUAAGCGGUGACUGGAAUGGGCUGGAAGGCAUCUCCCCAUCAGAGCCAUGGCUGGCGCUGAGGCUGCCACCUGCUAGCCCAUUUGAUAACUUCCUCAAGGCAGCAGGAUGCUGAGGUAAAAGCUCCGAUCAUAGCAGCAUUUCACAAUUAUGUUUUUUUGUGUAUAAUAGCAGGUGGCAUUGGUUGCAUAGGAUUGAAAUUCAGAGAUUCCUAGUUUUACUUGACAUAUGAAUGCAACCCCACAUGAUGCACUUUUGUAAGUACUGUUUCUGUUCGAUUGAUAGAGGAGAACGUAGUAGAAUUUCAUCCAA